AGACCUAUUAACAAUCUAAACAUCAUAUCUACAGAAGGCACAAUGUCAGAAAUGAAUUCAGCUUCAAGAAAAUGGGUAUUUCUUACCCUACUAUUUGUUUCAAUUACUAUUAUUCUGGCGUCAGUUUUGAUUCACCAGCAUGUAAAUGCAAACUUUCCCAAGAAGUGCCCAAAUAAAUUUGUUCUAAAUGGCAUUAAACCCGAUUACAAGGCAAUAGAGAUAUUUUCCGACCUAACGCCAACAGAAUUGACCACCGUCAAGGACUUUCUGGUGAGCGAUAAGGACCUCAAUAUUGUUGCUUCAGAAGCCACCGUGAACAGCAACUACAUCUACAUGAUAGAGCUCUACAACUCAGACAAAAAGGAAGCUUUGAAUUACUUGGACCAUGGAGGAGCCAAGCCUGCUCGAGUUGCUAAGGCAGUGGUUUUCGGCGGAGCUGACGUUCAGCCAUCGAUUGCAGAAUAUCUGAUAGGCCCGCUUCCGAAUCCAACCUGGUACCGGCCACACAGUCCAUCAACGAGGAAACGCGUUAUUAAUUUUAGCUCUCGGCCAACGACAAUCCCGGAAUACACGGCUUUGUACACACAUUUUUUACCAAAAGCUUUAGAAAAAGUGAACCAUAUUUUGGAGGAGAGUUAUGGCUAUACGUAUCAUAACUGUACAAAAAAAUGCCUAACCGUUGGGGAAGUGGCACCAAAAGGAUUGAAGUCAGGAGAAAGGCGGUCCUGGGUAAUGCUUCUCCGACAAUUGGAAGGGUUUUACCUGCACCCAGUAGGCUUUCACGUUUUGGUAAAUCAUGAAAGCUCAAACAUUGCAAAAUGGGCAGUGGAGAAUGUUUACUACCAUGGCCAAUAUUUUUUAAGCAUCGAAGAGCUAAUCACAAAAUAUGACAAAGGUUCCAUUAUUAAGAUGAAGCUGAGUGACAGCAGUAGAAAAUCAUCGGGAUAUAAUCAUCACGGAGCCUUCAGAGCAGACACGUCUUUUAUAGGACCGCAGCAGUACGAGCCCAUGGGCCACCGGUACCGGGUUGACGGGAACUUUGUGCAGUACAUGCCCUGGACGUUCGCUUUCAGAAUCUCUUACAUGGGGCUUCAGAUAUUUGACAUCAAUCUUGAUUUGAAGCUUUCGUCACUAUACGAGAGCGGCCUCCUCGACAAGGGCACAGAAGUGGCUAUGUCAAUGAGUGCAACCCAAUAG